CAGCGAGUCCUCGCACCCGAUAGCUCCGACAAUAAAUCUCUGUUGUGGAUACCCGGCUGGAAUUUAACAUGGCGAACUUCGUCGCCAGAAACACGAACAUGGACACGUCCUCCGACUAGUAAGACUGGGAAUAACUUGAAAUGAACUUCUCACUUUUGUUAACAAAUAGGUAAUGUGACUGCCGACACAAACAUUUGUAGAUAAAAAGUAAUAUAAGAAUGUUUUGUGUAUGGAAGUAGGAACCAUGAGAAUAUAGGACGCUGUUGUGAAUAGAAUAUAACAGAACUUUUCGUGACCGAAUUAAACAGUGUCUACCAAGGAGUUAUAAAGUUGAUGGAUAUCUGAAAUUCCACGAAAAUACACACUGAAAACAUUGUCUGUUAUUACAUACCACACAAAGCCUGUAUUGCCAACACCUUGGAUUUAAUUUGUGACGUUCAAAUUAGUUCAUAUGGUUUCGGUGACCUAUUGGAGUGUGUUACUUCUCCAUCAAAUACAAACGAUUGAUGAUACAGGAGAAAAGAACAACAUUCGUCAACUAAAUCACUGUGACACAUUCUGUAGUCAUUGGUGUGUAUAAGAACAAUCAGCAAUAAUCAUUAAAAUGCGUAACAUCUAGAGAAAACGGUUAUUGAAAAGGUUGUACCUUUUGAUGAAGUGAAUUUUUCUGAAGAAAACAAAAAGAUUUCUUUUAAUGAAGCGGAAUUUUCAGACGUCUAUCUCGAGACGACACUACAUAUAUGGUUGUGGUAGUCAGGAAUGACUGCAUGCAGAUAAUAAAUCAAAUGCACCAUAUAUGUCAAGUGUGGUUUUCAGUAACUAGGUUAACUUGUGCUCAAGAAGAAACACGCAUGAGAUAGAUUGCAUCUAUACUACAGCACAUUAAAUUGUACAACCACAAAGUGAAGGUCUUUAUAAACUAAUUCCAGCACCAGAUGCCUGACGGUUGUUUCUAACAAUGGGCCUACCUAGCAUGACAUCGUGUUAGUUGCACUGCAUUGGACAAUCUCUCAAACAGACGUAUUAUGUGUUUCACUUCAGCUAAAUGACAAUGGUAGAUCCAGUCGUGUCGUCGAAAUUUGGACAAAGACCAUUGCUGGAAAUCCCAGCGCUGACACCAUACAAUCACAACGCCGCUGUGGGAUCGCUACAGCACGACAGACCAAAGCAACACCCUUUUCUAGGCAGGUCCGGAUACACGGCACCGGUGCCAGAAAUCCCAGCGAGAGUCGAAGCAUUUCAGUGCCCUCCAAACCAAUACUGUAACUUCGUUGGUGGACAUUCUCCGACCAUCCCCCAGUACUACGGAAUGGGGCAAAUGGACCCAAAGCUAGCUCAAACCGCACCGGUGCAGUACUCGUCGACGCCGAUGUAUGGAGGGUACCAACCAUCACAUUACACUCAUGGACCUAACGGUGUUUUGGGCGCUGUGCCAAAUCCAACGUAUUACAAUCCAUACCCCGGUGUUCAGAACUCCAUGAAUCCGCCACCCCCACCCGUCAUGCCACAGUAUCCUCCUGUGGUACAACCGAUAGCACCUCAACCAGUACAACUUCCACCUCAGCCCAUGCAGCAGCUAGCACCUCCACUCAUGCAGCAGCUGGCACCUCCGCCCGUGCAGCAGCUGGCACCUCCGCCCGUGCAGCAGCUGGCACCUCAGCCCGUGCAGCAGUUACCGGCCGAACCACAAGUGAUUCAUUACCCAUCCUCGGAGAACUUCACGAUAGAAGGCGUGUUAGAAUGGGGGCAGCUCACGACAGUGAAUCUGAAGCGAACGCAAGGGUCAUUCACCUCUCUGCCGGAGUUCCUUCGCAGAGAACUGGAAAAAACUUACGGAAAGUAUGCCCGAACUGACGUGAAAGUUCAGUGCGAAGCGGGCGAGUAUCACAUCUACGCACAACCGAGACCUGGAUACCGAAGCGCGGACGACAGACUGCCGCGGGCAGCGUGUAGUUACAAGGACGAGUACUAUGAGCGGGCCUCCAGCCAGGACGACUAUUACAGAAGGAGCUACAGACCCAGGAGUCCAGAGAACUGGGUCAGGUGGGAUCCCAACGAAAGGAGAUCUUACAAGGAUUACGACUACGACAGAUACUGAAGCAGUUCAGCGUCUUAGAAUACCUAACGACAGGGAAGUACGAGUCUCCAGGACCGAACCUAGUCUAUAAUCGGGGAGAGGAGACUAAAAAGAACCAUGACACAUUAAUAUUGAGGUUCCUCAUCUAGAAAAUGGGUAGUUUUACUCUGAAUGGACACGUUUUCGUAUUCUUCGAAGGUGGGGGAAGUAACUACCCUUGCUAUUACCACCACCUGCUCCCCUUUGGUUACGGUCCUGGUAUGCACACAUGGACAUGGACAGUUGAUAAGACCCACAGUAAAGUCAGCAACAAUGAGUUUCAGUUCUUGUUCAGCAUAAAAAUGUAUGUCCUAUUUUUAGUAGGAUUCUGUGUACUUUUAUAAUUUAAUACGACAUUGAAAUGUUUCAGAGGGUGCACUUCUUAGUCCGUCUGUAGGUCCAGAAUACGGUCUAUCCCUGCAGACAAUGACAGGAGUUGCGAUGUUUUCUAUGGAGUGAAUUCGGAAACCAGACUAUCCAACUCUCACUAUUUUACCAUCUACAGUGAUGAAUGGGAGAAAAUGCUGUGGGAAUGUCCACGGAUUACUCAAAUCUGUAUUGUACUAUUAUUAGUCCAGUUUGCAGAUUUUCUACACAGAUUGUUGUUACAAAUUCUGAUUAUGACUGAUCACAAAUCAAGGCAUGUAAUAGUACCUCUUGCAGUUAGUUGGUGAAUUUACUACCAUGCAAUAUACAUAACGUUUCUGGUUACUCGUGUUGUUUGGGACAGGCUAGUCUAAAUAUUGUGUGCGUGCGUUUCAUUGAUACAAAAGAAUGUCCAGCCUUUGUGAAAGACGAAAAGUAGUGAAUUCAGAAUUCUCUAGAAAGGAGACAGACUUAACAAUAGAUCAGUUUGCACUAUCUUGAUCCGGUUCUGAAAUACAAAUGUAGUUACAUUGUAUGGUUUCAAUUUUUAUGCAGUUUUUGAGUACCAGACAGCAUGCAGUCUAUCUGUCUCAACCAGUGAAUAUAAUUUAUAUUUAAUUCAACAUGCAUUGUCCGUGUCAUAACGUAUGUACAUACAUUCAACAGACAAGCACCACUCAUGUUUGCAUAAUUCAUUUUAUGUAUAUUGUGGAGUCAACAGGGAAAACAGAAUUUUUUAAUGCAAAAAUGUAUUUAUUUGAUAAAACAUUGUUAUGAAACAUAUUCGAUUUAAGAGUAUUCUUGUGUUGAAAUAUUGAAUUUUUUUUUGGUACUGAAAGGUCCAGUGUAGCCAAUUUGUUGAAUUUUUGGAGAGAUACAUGCAACUGCAAAAUGAAGUGUGUGUUUGCGAGAGAGAGAGAGAGAGAGAGAGAGAGAGAGAGAGAGAGAGAGAGAGAGAGAGAGAGAGAGAGAGAGAGAGAGAGA